AAGAUCUGCGAUCAGUUGAGAAAGAAACUUCAACGAGACUUCAUUCCUAUCUCUAUCUCUCUCUUUCUUUUUCUGUUUAAUAAAAAUUGUUAUAGAAAACGCAAACAAUAAUGGAACGCUGGGCUGGUAAAAUAGCUAUAGUUACUGGUGCAUCUAGUGGAAUGGGAUUAGCAAUAGCAAAAGCUCUUGUACAAAAUGAUGUAGUCGUGAUCGGAUUUGCUAGAAGGAAAGAGAAAAUGCAGAGCGAAAUGCAGAAUGUUAAGGGAAAAGGUAAAGGAAAGUUCUAUGCUUGCGAGUGUGAUGUUACGAAGCCCGAAAGUAUCGAACAAGCAUUCGAAUGGGUCAAAAAUAAUUUUGGAACAAUCCAUAUUCUGGUGAACAAUGCUGGGGUCUCCUCAGAUGCCAAAUUUAUGGAUUCAUCAAGAUCUGAUUGGAAAAAAUUAUUCGAUGUCAAUGUGUUGGGAUUAAUUGAUUGUAGUAAACGUGCCGCUAGAAUGAUGUUAGAUUCUAACGUGGAAUGUUACAUUGUUAAUAUGAACAGUGUCUUAGGACACAACGUUGAUCUUCCGGGUUUUACACUUAACUUUUAUCCAUCGUCCAAAUCCGCUUCUGUUGCUGCUACUGAGAUCAUACAAAAGGAAUUAUAUGGUAGUAAAAUUCGAGUGACGAGUAUCAGUCCAGGAUUGGUAUCUACGAAUAUAAUGCAGGCCAAUAACUUCAACAUAAAGGAGUCGUAUAAGUCUUUGUAUGCAUUGGAACCUAAUGAUGUUGCAAAUGCCAUUAUUUACGUAAUUGGAACUCCACAACGCGUCCACAUUACAGAAUUGAUUAUUAGACCAUUCGGAGAAGUUAAGUAUGCGAUGUAAAUAUAUAAUUAGAUUAUGUAUAAUAUUCGAGAUAAAUAUUAUAUUGUUAUUAUUUUUGUCAAAACACAAUAAAGUAUAAUUUUUUUAGUGGUGUAAAAAUUGAUUUAAAAUUAUAUCAUAUGAGAAGAUUGAGACUAUAUUUUUUUCUUAAUUGUAAUGUUAAUAAUGUAAAUAAUUGUAUAAUUAUAUAUAAUUUAUCCAUGUAUAUACACACAUAUACGAACUUUUUAAAUGGCUCUAAUAAGUAUUACGAAAAAAGAUGUUUUAUAUAGAGAAACAGUAAAGUAAACAAUUUCUGAUCGAUUUAAGUACAGACACAUGUAACAUUAGUAAUUAUUACAGAACAAGGAAGUUUUCUUCAAACGAGAGAAUAAAAUAACAAUGAUUUCUAAUUUAUAAGAAUGCACAACUAUAUAAUAUUAUUACGUAUUACAGAAAAAGAAAUUAUUUCUAAACGAUACAAAUAAAAUAACAAAUUAUUUUUAAUCAAUCUGAAUAUAUGUAAUAUACUUGUUUAUUUAAAACAAGAUUAGUUUAUAAAGAAUGUUUACCCACUUUAUAAUUAUUGCAUUAUCAUAUCAUAAUAAUAUGAUAUCUAUGUGUAUAUCUACAGACAUAAGUAUCUCGAUUUUAUAGUUACAUAAUUUCAUUUUUAUCUCAUUUUUAAUCACUAAUCCAACCUUGAAUAGCAGUUCUUUGCUUCCCUCUCUACGAGCAACCAAUUACACUGUAAACGUAUGUAUAAAUAAAGUAACAUACUAGAACUGCUAUCAUUUCAAGAAGAAACUUCAACGUGAUAACUUCGUCUCUUCUCAUCACCUCACACUCUUUCUUUUUCUGUUGAAUGUGAUUGAAUAUUGAAAACAAAAAUGGAACGCUGGGCUGGUAAAGUAGCUAUAGUUACUGGUGCAUCUAGUGGCAUAGGAUUGGCAAUAGUGAAAGCUUUUGUACAAAA